CAGGGUGAUCUGCGACAACAUCCCCGGGCUGGUGAACAAGCAGCGGCAGCUGUGCCAGCGCUACCCCGACAUCAUGCAGUCCGUGGGUGAGGGCACCAAGGAGUGGAUCCGCGAGUGCCAGCACCAGUUCCGGCACCACCGCUGGAACUGCAGCACGCUGGACCGCGACCACACCGUCUUCGGCAGGGUCAUGCUGCGAAUCAGCAAGUGCAUGGAGGUGAGGCGGGAGCGGGGGAUCCGCAUGGAGAGGAGCUCUGGCUGGAGACACGGAGGUUUCUCCACCAAGGAGGCAGCGGGGAUCGAAGACGGGAAGGCCGUCAAGCGCUUCCUGAAGCUGGAGUGCAAGUGCCACGGCGUGAGCGGCUCCUGCACGCUAAGGACUUGUUGGCUGGCCAUGUCGGACUUCCGCAAAACGGGGGACCACCUGCGGAAGAAGUACAACGGGGCCAUCCAAGUGACGAUGAACCAGGACGGCACCGGCUUCACCCUGGCCAACAAGAACUUCAGGAAGCCCACGAAAACGGACCUGGUGUAUUUCGAGAACUCACCCGAUUACUGCGUGAUGGACAAGUCAGCAGGCUCCCUGGGGACAGCGGGACGCGUGUGCAACAAGAUGUCCCGCGGCACGGACGGCUGCGAGGUGAUGUGCUGCGGGCGGGGGUACGACACCACGCGUGUCACCCGCGUCACCAAGUGCGAGUGCAAGUUCCACUGGUGCUGCGCCGUGCGCUGCAAGGAGUGCGAGGACACUGUGGACGUGCACACGUGCAAGGCGCCCAAGCGGGCCGAGUGGUUGGACCAGACCUGA